AUUUCAAUUCAUGAAUCAAGGAUAUUGGUUCUGCCAUAAUUGUCGACGGUUCAUGUUCGGGUCGUAGCAACCAUGAAAUGAAUAAUUGUGGAUGGAUGUGAUAUGAUAUCAGAUGGCAGUAUCACGGUUCAUCUUUGCCUUGUAUGGAUGCAGCUUCCGCUCCUUACUGCUCAUCUUCCCGAAGGAUGGGGACUUCCAAGCUACCUAGCUGCCAUAGUUCAGAUCGCUUGCGUUGGGCCUCUUGUUUAUAGUAUCUUGCACAAAGGAUGUAAAAACAUCAAUUUACCAACUGUUCCUCUCAUAACGGCAUUCCUGACUCUAGCCUGCGCAUGCGAAUUUGGCCUAGUUUUUAUGUGGUGGCGUACCACAACUAUCGGAAGUGGGCAACACUCUCUUGCUCUUUAUGUACUUCUUUUCGGUCUAGCCAUUGUUAAUGCUACUUCGAACGUAUUGUUCAUGCCGUUUAUGGCACAAUUCAAUCGUGCCUAUCUCAACGCUUAUUUCGUUGGAAUGGGACUCAGUUCGCUAUUUCCAAGUCUUGUAUCGCUAGCUCAAGGAGUCGGUAACUAUGAAUGCGAAGGAGCAGUGCCCAUCUACUCGCCUCCGCGAUUUUCGGCAUCUACGUUCUUCCUCAUUAUUACUGUCUGGACUGUGACCGCUACCAUUUCGUUCCAAAUUUUGUCGAAAAGCGGCGAACACAACAGUGCACCGAAAUCCACAGACGCUGCCCAUGAGGAAACGCCAUUAAGCAAGGCGAAAUCGAAUACGGCAGAAGUGAACGAGCAUAGUGUAGCACUGCAUGCGAAGGAAUCUCCGGAAGUGGAAGUUGUCCCAUCUUCGCCAUCGAAACGAGUAAAACGAAAGUACGAAUCCAGUUACAUCUUAAUUCUCGUCGCCACUGCGAUUGUGAAUGCACAAAUGAACGGCAUCGUUCCGAGCGUGACGAGCUAUGCAGCGCUACCGUAUUCUCACGCAACAUAUCACUACGGUAUUACCUUGGCGAAUAUCGUUUCACCUGCGAUGUCGUUUCUGCCUUUCUUCGUUACUGUAAGGUCUAUACCAUUGCUAUGCACCAUGACUAUAUGCUCGUCAGUUGUGACUGCUUUCAUCAUUUUUUUAGCUGCUCUUAGUCCUAAUCUCAUAUUUGACUCGUACACAGUAGGAAGUUGUCUCGCUAUAGGUGCUUCUUUGGUCGCUGCCGGUUUGCAUUCCUAUCUUCGGGUUAUCUUCGCUUCUCUUUUGAGAGAAGGCGAAAAGAGUGAGAGUAGAUUGUUUUGGUGUGGAGUAUUUAUUCAGAUAGGGUCCUUUGCUGGUUCAGCAGUGAUGUUUCCUUUAAUCAACUUUGCACACGUAUUCACUUCGGCUCCACCUUGCCGAUGAGAUGUCUCCUUGUUUUUUUUCGGCACGUUUGCAUUUAUUCUAAUUUUAGAGGUCAGACCGUUAUGCAUGUACAAGGAUCUAUCUAAGUUCAAAAGACUACUAUUCCAUUUCGUUCAAACAGUUUUCCUCAAAAGUCAUACAAUGUGUCGUUUUAUACUUCAAUGAGCUUUUUCUAACGUCCACUAACAAAAUUAUCUUUGAGUCACUCCUUGAUUAUGUCUGUUGAUGUUGUGGUUAGAAAAUCAUUCUGAAAAUGAUCGGAUUGUCUGUGAGCUUAACGUUUGAUGGUAGAUCACUUUAGGAUAUAAGAUAGUUUGAUUAAACCAUAGUAUUAUCUGUUAUCUUGAUCAUUGACUUAAAAUUAGAACUCGUUAUAUAUGGACUCUGAUUUUUUCUAUUUCGCAUCUUUUUGCUACUCUAGUCAAAAUUUUAGCCAUUUUUUGUCGUUUGCCAUAAAAAAUUCUCGAAAGACUCGCGAAGUAGUCGUAGGUCUAAUAACUGAGUUUCCUGACCGUCCAUAGUUGUCAAAAGGUUUACUUUUUUUUCUUGUACGGAUGUUAUCGUACAUAUCAGGCAGACCAGUAUUUCAUUCGGCAUUUGGAACUGCAUGAACAUCGUUCUCAAUCCUGUUUUUCACUAGCGUUUUGCUACGACUACUCUUUCUGCUCCCUUUCUUACAAUCCUUGCACGAAUUUGUAUGUACAUCUUUAUUGUUCCCAUUUUCAUAGAUUUUUAUUGCUUAAUUAAUUUCAAUUGGUUGUUCAUGAUUGUACAAAAUAUGUUAUAUCUCAAACUGGAAGAUUAUUAGGUCGUCUCAUUGGCGCUGUUUGUGAGGAGAUUUCAAAGGACUG